CGCGGUUUCCGUCGCGGGCCUGGAUUGGUCGCAGAGGGGCGCUCGGCAAAAGGCGGCAGCGGGCAAAACCCCGGCGGCAGCCGCUUUUGUGAUGGAGACAGCGUUGAGGUCUCAUUGUGAUGAACAGCACCCUCAUCAGGCUGAAGACAUAAGCAGGAAGCACGAGCAGAACAGCAAGCUUUCAGGAAUAAAAAAAGAUAUUGAAAAACUUUAUGAAGCAGUGCCACAGCUUGUAAGUUUCAAAAUUAAGGAAAAAAUUGGAGAAGGUACUUUUAGUUCUGUUUACUUGGCCACAGCACAACUACAAACAGGAUGUGAAGAAAAAAUGGCUCUGAAGCACUUGAUUCCAACCAGUCACCCUCUGCGAAUUGCUGCUGAACUUCAGUGCCUCACAGUAGCAGGGGGACAAGAUAAUGUUAUGGGAGUUAAAUAUUGCUUUAGGAAAAAUGAUCAUGUGGUUAUUGUUAUGCCCUAUCUGGAACAUGAAUCCUUCUUGGACAUUUUGAAUACUCUUUCCUUUGAAGAAGUGAGAGAAUACAUGUUUAAUCUGUUUAAAGCAUUGAGGCGCAUUCAUCACUUUGGUAUUGUUCAUCGUGAUGUCAAACCCAGUAACUUCCUCUACAACAGGCAGCUAAAAGAGUAUGCCUUGGUAGAUUUUGGCUUGGCGCAAGGAACCCCGGAUACAAAAAUUGAACUUCUCAAAACUGCCCAGUCUGAAGACCAGCAGGGAAGUUGCUCACAAAGUAAUCCCAACACAGCCUUGGGAAAUGGGGUUUCUGUCAGUGUCACAGCACCUAAACAGAUAGCUCAACAAUCAGCCUCAAAAGCGUCUGAUAAACAGUCCAGCUCACUUUCAAAAAUACAGAUUAAACAAGGAAGAGGAGGAAAGGAGGAAUAUGUGCACCAUUCUGUCCAACGGUCUGUCUUUGGAGAGAGGAAUUUCAAUGUCUAUAGUUCCACAUACCAGGAGAACUCAAAUACAAAACUCAUGAAACAAUCAAAGGUGAUCGAUGUUUCAUCUAGGAAGCUAGUAACAAAGAAGAAGAUUAUUUCUACCAGAACAGUGAGCAAUGGGGUAGGCAGGAAAGCUGCCAGUGGUUGUCCAUCAAACCUGACCUGUGACUGUUACGCAACGGAUAGAGUUUGCAGUGUUUGCCUUUCAAGGUGUCAGCAAGUUGCUCCCAGAGCAGGAACACCUGGAUUCAGAGCACCAGAAGUAUUAACAAAGUGCCCCACUCAGACAACAGCAAUUGACAUGUGGUCUGCAGGAAUUGUAUUCCUUUCUCUGCUCAGUGGACGGUAUCCAUUUUACAAAGCAAGUGAUGAUUUAACUGCUUUGGCACAAAUCAUGACAGUUCGUGGAUCCAGGGAAACCAUUCAGGCUGCUAAAACUUUCGGUAAAUCCGUUCUGUGUACUCACGUUAUCCCAGCACAAAACUUAAGAGUCCUUUGUGAAAAGCUGAGAGGAACAAAUAGCAGCUGUAGCAGAUCCCUGCCUGAUGUACCCAUCAAGUCUGUAAGUGACUCAGCUUUGCCAGUUGAAAUAGACAAACAGUGUGCCCCUGAGACACUUGGAAAAGAAAUUCAAUACUUAAAGGGUUGUCAGGAAGGUGAUGGUGCUUCUGAAAUUAAGGCAACAGACAUGAAAGGAUGGGAUCAGGUUCCUGAUGAAGCAUAUGACCUACUUGAUAAGCUACUAGACUUAAACCCUGCAACAAGAAUAACUGCAAAAGAGGCUUUGCUGCAUCCCUUUUUUAAAGGCAUAAGACUAUGAGAACAUAUCCUGUUAUUGCUUUGAUACGUUAUGUGAAAAUGAGAUUCUGAAGCAGUUUUACCCUGUUGCCAUUAAUGUUUACACUCAGUGAAAUACCAUGACAUUGUGCACAGCACUACUGAAAUUGUCUUGUGCAGCUGGACUGCAAAUGUAAGUUUGCAUUAAGAAAUACUUACAGAUGUAAAUAUUACAUAAACAUCACUAGCGUGGUCUUAUCCUAAGACACUUUUGAGGUGUUAUUACUGUGCAUACCUGUUCUCUAAGAAAAUUUUCCUUGACUAACAACUAAAAAGAAGAGUUUCUUGCGCUCUAAGCUUAAUUCUUAAGAUUCUCCCUAAAAACAUACAAAUUUGUGUAAAGGCAGGACUGAGAUGAAAAAGUGCUUGAGAGGCUUUUUUCCAUACUUUCAUAUCUCUGCUUUGUUCCUGAGUAGUACAUGGGAGACUGAAAGUGGAACAAACUGCAUUAAUUUUGUUCAGACUAUUUUCAGACAACAGUUUUACUUUGGGAGUGUUGCUAGAAGAAGGGCCAGGUACUGGAGGUUUUAUCAUCAAAAGAAAUGCAUAACUGUUUUUAAAGUACAUUUUCUCUCCCCCCAUCUGUUCAUUCCUACUUAGGUAAUAGUGAAAAAUGCAGAUACUCAUUUUGCACAGCCCAUAUUUCCUCUGUGCCAUGGGUAGCUGUCAAUAUGCAACAACUAUGGCCUACGGAAUGUCUUGUGUGACAUGUAAAAGUGAUUUCUGUUAUGGAAGCUGAUCUUCACAGAAUAUCUUUUAAAUAAAGGAUUUGUUUUUAUAACUUCAGAACUGUGUCUAGAGAUGCUUCUAUAAAAAUAAGAUUAGUCGAGUGAAGUUUUCCUGUGGGACGUUCCUGCUCAGGAAGAAUUAUGCAGAUUUGUUUCCUGCAUAAAUUCCUCAGUAAUGUAAAACACUUUUCAGAUAGCACUAGUGUAUAUAGCUGUCAUAGUGGAAGUAUCUUAAUUAUCAAGGAAGUCUUACACAAAGUUAAAAACUAGCUAUUGUCUAGUCUUAAGUAGGAAAAACAACCUUAAUAACCUCUACCCCCAAGUAUCAUUGUACAAAGAAAUUUCCAUUAUGCUCAGCAGAGGUGCUUCUUUAAAAAUGCAUGAUACUUAUGGAGACUGAAAUUUAAUACAAUGUUUUUCCACUUACAUUUCUUCAAAUGCUAGUGGAGCUGUUGCUGUAAAAGGUUACAAGCCAUUCUGUGAAAAGAUUACUGCUUUGAUAGCUUUUGUACAAGCCUUCUCAUAGAAGGUGUUUGUAAUGUUAGUGCAAAGGUCAUGACCAGUGCUGUGGCUGAACAGCAAUUCUUUCAAUAUAUUCAAAAUCUUUAAUACAUACAAAGUGAUGGUAAUGUUGCUCUGUUCCUGGCAUCAGCUGUUAGAAAAAAAUAUUUGCAGAUGUCAGAAUAUUGAUUGCAGAAAAUCUUGAAACCCACAAAACCCUGGGGCCUCAGUCUUAGUAACGUUUGCUGUUUAUAUAAUUUCAACAAGCACAUCGCUGAGAAAUUAUUUAUCUAAAGGAACUGUGGCCAAAUUUGGCAAGCAAUGCUGUCUGCCAGUGUCUGCAGAUGUAUUGUUUCCUCCUACGUUCACUCAUGCUGUCUAUGGUCUUAUGAGAGCACUAGCUGACAAC